ACAACAAAAUUACAAAAAAGAAAAAAAGUCUGAAAAAUUUCAGAAAGAAUUAUAAGAAAGUAGAGAGAGAUCCAGUGUGAGAGAUUUGGUUACGUGUCUGUGUUGUGCAAAGAAUAUUAUAUGAGAUGGCGUUUCUAAUCGCACCAUUUCGAUGCACUACCUCCCAAUUCCAAUUCCACCUCACACUCUCGACCACGCCAAUUAGGUCUACGCUCUCUCCCACUACUCUCUCUCUCUUCCGACCACCCGCGCGGAGUCGACUCAGACUCGGCGUGGUCUACUCAAUGAGUCAACCCGCCUCCUCGGCUUCCGAUUCCAAUCCCCUUCCUUCACAAAACGACGACGUCGCGAAGGCCGAGAGCUCUGACGUUGUGGUACAGUACGUGGUUCUUAGGCGAGACCUGAUCGAUUCGUGGCCGCUGGGAAGCGUGGUGACUCAGGGCUGCCAUGCCUCCGUGUCUGCCGUUUGGUCACACAGAGAUGAUCCUGACACCGUCCAGUAUUGUAGCCCUCAGAAUAUAGAUUCAAUGCAUAAGGUUACUCUUGAGGUGAAAGGAGAAACCCAAAUCUUGAACUUGUCAGAAAAGCUCAAAGCCGGUGGAAUAGCACAUAAAUUGUGGAUUGAACAACCUGAAAACAUCCUGACAUGUCUUGCUACAAAACCUUACCCCAAGUCCUCAGUAUCAUCCUAUUUCAAAAAGUUGAAACUCUAUGGUUGAAUUGUAAACAAAAUAAACACUGCAGGGAAGAAAGUGAAAAUCAAUUAAAUGAUUCAUUUUCGGGGAGGGCUAUAAGUGUCCUAUUUAUUCUGCACCACUGAGAAAGAAUCCUUUUUCCAUAUCAUCUUUAGACCCAAAAAAAGAGAAAAAAACGAAAAAAAAGGAAAACAAAAAACAAAACAAAAAAAGAA